AUGGCAGCAAAAAGACCGCUCGUGUUCGACACGCUGCCGCCUCAGCAACAUCGCUCGCCUGAAACCCUGUCCGCCCAACAAGAUGUCCAGCGACGAGAAUCGCAAAACACCAACACCACCAGCCAGUCACCCGACAGCUUCGAAGAAGAGGAAGCGUCGGGGACCGACAAACGAAAGCGUCCAAAACGGUCGCGUGCCUGCGUGGCGUGUCGAAAUAUGAAAAUCCGAUGUCUCGCAGUCGAAGGCCAAGAGGCAUGUAGUAGCUGUGCCAAAGUCAACAGGCAGUGUAUCAUGCCUGGACCGCCCCGGAAACGACAGAGAACCGUCCAUAAAGUGGCCGAGUUGGAAAAGAAAAUCAACGCGUUGACAGAUGCCCUCCUAGCCAAGGGACAACGGGCCGAUCCGGCUUCAUCGUCUUAUGAGUCGCCCGACAAGGACCAACUCACCAGUGCGAGCUCCGAUCAUCCCAGGACUGACACCACCUCCAACACCAGCUUCGACUACGACCCCAAGACAAUUAAAAAGGUAUUACCGCAGACGCCUGAAUUCGAGAGGGCAUGUCCUAUCCCAGAAAACAUACCUUCUGCCCGAGAAACCUAUGUGGACGUGAUCGAUCAGGGCGUGCUGAGCAUGGAGUCUGCCACGGCCAUGUUCGAUUAUUGGGCACACAACAUCACAAAGAUCUGUCCGACUGUGGUCUUCUGUCCUGGCACCGAGGCGAAGGAUGUUCGUCUCCAGCGUCCCAUGACUUUCCUCGCGAUCGUGUCGGUGGUCAGUCCAUUGAUCGAGCCUUCUGUGCAGCCAACUCUGUCCGUCGAGUUGAACCGUCAAUUGUCGGAAAGGGUACUUUUCCACGGCGACAAGUCGUUGGAUCUCACCCAAGCGCUGCUGAUUCACUGUCAAAAUUAUAUGCGACCUCGUGGAGCAAGAGACCUUUCCUUCAACCAAUAUAUCCACUGCGCGAUCGUCAUGUGUUUGGAUUUGGGCAUCGGUAAGAGAUCCAAAGUCGACAGGAGCCGACGUCCCUCUGAGAGAACGGAACUGGCACGGACUUGGUUGGGUGCAUAUGUCUGCGCGAUCGGUGUCUCGACGAUUCUUCGGAUACCUUCAUUCAUCAAAUUCAACUCGCGCAUUGAAGAAUGUCUAAUGAUCCUGUCCACCAGCCCCUUCGUGGUGCCGAGCGACAAGUGGCUUUGCAAGCUCGUGCGCCUGCUUCACAUUGCCGAAGAAGUGUCCAUCAUGUUCAACAUGGAUGAUCCUGGCGCCGAGUUGAAUUUCACCGAGCCCAGAACACAGCAUCAACUGAAAUACUUCCAACGUCAAUUGCAGCAGUGGGAGAGAUCCGUGAACGUCGAUUUGGACCCAAGACUGAUACAGCAUCAAGCGGCCUGUAUCAACCUGUAUAUCCACGAGAUAGCCAUUCACUGUGAUCACAACGUCGACGAUUUCCGACCAGGAGUUCUCCACAACGAUCGCAAACUCCCCAACGUCAUCACCUCGAGCCACGUCGAAGCUCUCACCACGCUUUUCGAAAGUGCCCACCGAGUGCUUGACAGUUGGCUGUCCCUUGAAGUUCCUCUCGCACGAGCUCUGACCAACAUGUACCUCGUGUGGAACGCCUAUGCCAUGGUGAUAUUGAUCAAGCUACAUUGGAUCAUCCAUACUCCCGACUCGCAAUUCGGAUCCAUCUUCCUCGCCGAUUUCCGCACCGAACACUAUUUGGACACCAUGAUCAAUCGACUCGCUGAAUUGUCGGCGUCAGGGCACUCUCCGUUCGCCGAAGCGUUCGGGUUUGUGUUCAAGAAACUCAAAACCUGGCAUCAGCAUCGUGCAGGACAUCUCUCAGAUGACGAACCGGGUGGCGACCCCGAUUCGCGACGCAAUCAGGCAUCUGAUCUGCUGCGGAAGGACACGACGUCAAUCUUUGAGUCGGCCAAAGACCUCGGGCCGCGCACUUUGGGGUCACCGCUGCCACAGUCAUAUACCACUUUACCGGGCAUUUUUCCUGGACAGUGGGCAGCUCCAGACAAAUUGGGUUCGAAUUUGAAUGCUGCUUACGAGGCUGCCAGUUAUGGAAACACCAAUUGGGAACAGUUCAAUUUCAGCACCGAAGAGAUGGAUUUGUUUGAUGUGUAUAUGAACAAUAACGGCUGGAUGGGGUAUCUUCUUUAA